AUGGAUCUGAAGGUGGUCUGUGCACUCUCCAUCACCCUCAUCAUAGCCCUCAGCACCCUGGCAGAGGGAGUUGCACCUCCAACAAAAUGCCAGUGUAAAGUGGUUCCCAGGGAGAGGACAAACUGUGGCUACCCGGGGAUCUCAGCAGCAGAGUGCAAGAAAAUUGGGUGCUGCUUCAACGCUUCAGUCCCCAGCGUCCCCUGGUGCUACAAUCCUAAACCAAAGAAAGUGAAGAAAGUGUGUCCCAGCGAUCCCUACCACAGGAUAAACUGUGGCUUCCCUGGCAUCAAGCCCUGGGAGUGCACAAGGAAGGGCUGCUGCUUCAGGGCACGCCCUGCUGGGGUCCCCUGGUGCUUCUACCACCGCAAUGUGGAGGAAGCUUGUUAAAGGAGAAACUUCCAUCAAGAACUUUGCAAUCUUUGGAUCUACUCCAAUGGAACGACAGACAGAGGUUCCACCUCAGACUUUGUAUUUUGCAAGGA